AGCGGGACCUUUAAAUUGGCUGCCAAAGUGCGGCCCCACGCUGGCGACUGACCUUGCACGCCCCAGCCACCUCGCAGCUCACAGACCCCGGCUGGUCGCCUAGCCCAUCAUGUUGCUCCCAGCCCCUGCGCGCCACCUCCCGGGACUUUUGCUGUUGCUCUGGCUACCGCUGCUGCUGCUGCCCCCCGCGGCUCCUGGACCAUUGGCCCAGGCGAGCGUCCGAAGGCUGGGGACACGAAUCCCCGGGGGCAGCCCCGGGCAUCUUCCUGCUCGGGCGUCUCCCGCCCGCACGCCUGAUUCCGGGGCCCGCGGUGCAGGUGUUUGUAAGAGCCGGCCUCUGGACUUGGUGUUUAUCAUCGACAGUUCUCGUAGCGUCCGGCCUCUGGAAUUCACCAAAGUGAAGACAUUUGUGUCGCGCAUCAUCGACACUCUGGACAUCGGGGCAGCCGACACGAGGGUGGCUGUGGUGAAUUAUGCCAGCACUGUGAAGAUAGAGUUCCAGCUCAACACCUACUCAGACAAGCAGGCCCUGAAACAGGCUGUGGCUCGGAUCACACCCUUGUCCACAGGCACGAUGUCCGGGCUGGCUAUCCAGACAGCGAUGGAGGAAGCCUUCACUGUGGAGGCAGGAGCUCGGGGCCCCAUGUCUAACAUUCCCAAGGUAGCUAUUAUUGUGACUGAUGGGAGACCCCAGGAUGAAGUGAAUGAGGUGGCUGCCCAGGCCCGGGCAUCUGGCAUUGAGCUGUAUGCUGUGGGUGUGGACCGGGCCGAUAUGGAGUCCCUCAAGAUGAUGGCUAGCAAGCCCCUGCAGGAGCACGUGUUCUAUGUGGAGACCUAUGGAGUCAUUGAGAAACUCUCUGCUAGAUUCCAGGAAACUUUCUGUGCUCUGGACCCGUGUGUGCUAGGCACACACCAGUGUCAGCACGUGUGUGUCAGCGAUGGUGAUGGCAGACACCAUUGUGAGUGUAGCCAAGGGUACACCCUCAACGCCGACCGGAAAACAUGCUCAGCUGUUGACAAGUGUGCCCUCGGCACUCACGGGUGUGAACAGAUCUGUGUGAAUGACAGAAAUGGCUCCUACCACUGCGAGUGCUACGAAGGUUACACCUUGAACGCAGACAGGACAACUUGUGCAGCUCAGGACCAAUGUGCUUCGGGUACACAUGGUUGCCAGCACAUAUGUGUGAAUGACGGAGCCGGGUCCCAUCACUGCGAAUGCUUUGAGGGCUACGCUCUGAAUGCAGAUAAGAAAACAUGUUCAGUCCGAAACAAGUGUGCUCUGGGCACUCACGGCUGCCAGCACAUCUGUGUGAGCGACGACGGAGCAGCGUCCUACCACUGCGACUGCUUCCCGGGCUACACCUUGAACGACGACGAGAGGACAUGUUCAGACAUUGAGGAAGCACGAAGCCUCAUUUCCAUAGAAGACGCCUGUGGCUGUGAAGCCAAGCUGGCAUUCCAGGAGAAGGUCAGCUCCCAUCUCCAGAAACUGAACACCAAACUUGACAGCAUUUUGAAGAAGCUGCAAGUUAACUGAAUAUGGGCAAGUACGUCCUUAAACUGCUCAACACUUCUUGCCUGGAAACGUGGAGUGCUUGGGAUGCGCAACACUCAUUCUCUAAUACACUUUAUCUCUGAAGUUCCUGCUAAUAAUCUGCCAUUAUAAAUGCUUGACUAUUAUUCAGUAAACAGUAUGAGGGUUUCCUGGAGAAUGAGUAUCAUUUACCAAGGAAAUAAAUGUGCAUACACUUAUAAAGAGCAAGCUUUAGCGUCUCUAAGCUGUGACUGUGAAAUCAUUAAUGAGAUGAAAAGUGAAAAGUUUGAUGUUUUGUUAUUUACUCAUUGAGCCAUGUAAGUUUUAAAUGUUUAUAUUAGUAAAAUAUGAUCAUAUUCAUAAAACUUUAUGACUCUUUUCUCUCGGUCAUAUUUAUAAUACAAGCCAGCCUUACUAUUGAGAGUGCAAAUUUUAUGAAAUAUUUACAUAGAAAAAGUUCAAAUAAUUAAACCGAGAUGAAUAUAUUUAGAAUUGUUUAAUACUUUUGGGUUUUUUUUUGCUGAAAUAUUAUUAAAGCUACAAUAAAGGGAUUAUAAUACAUGUAUCUAAAAAUAAUUUACAGAGAUUAAGUGAAUGUUACAUGACACUUUUGAUUCAUUUAUGUCAUAGAAAUGAAAACUAAUGAGAGCUGGAUGUAAACUUAAGGUGCUAAGAUUUUUGCCAAGGGGAAAAAAAACCCCUGGAUUCUAUCAUUUUGUUUUAGCGUGUAAUUGGCAAAAUUACAUAUUUAUAAAACUAGUGUAACAAGUAACAAGACAAUAUUAUCUUUUUAAAAAAUGUCAGUAAUAAGUCUAAUUUUUUCACUCAAAAUAUACCAAAUACAUGUACUAUUUAAAUGCAGUUUAUAACUUUUGGAAUAAAACAGUUCUUUAAACUUUGUGCUACUUGAUCUGUAUUGUUUUUAAUAUAAUAAAAGUUCCUAUCUUUCUAUAUUAA